GUUGCGGCAGGUGUAUUGGGGAGUAUAUGGCCGUGUGCGCCCCAUGGUGUCGGAGGAGGACCUGCUGCAGCAGGGCAAGGAGGUUCCAGGUGGCGCAGCGGCUUUGCGGGAGAUGAUUGACCAAGACCAAGAGGCGACCAAAUCUGGCAGCGUUGAUGACACGCAGACAAGCACCAAUGCAAAACCUGCAGAGCAGCAGCUGGACACUGAUUUGGUGGCUGGUGCAUCCGAUAGCGGGCAUGAGCAACAGCAGGAGCAGGAGGAGGUGCAGCCUUCGAGCGACAAGCCGGCCGAGCAGCAGGGCACCGCUGACGCUGUAGCGGCUGAUUCCAGGCCACAUGCAUUGACCAGGGACCUGGUCGGCAAGGUGGCAAAAGACAACACGAUAAUGGUGACGUGGGCUAACUGGCAUUACCACGACUUCGUGAUGAAUUGGGUGGAACACUUGCAGGCAGCCGGAUGUGAUGCUUUCAUAGUGGGUGCCAUGGACGACAAACUGCUUGAAUUUUUGGUGUCGAAGAAUAUCCCCGCAUUCAGCAUGAGCUCAGGCCUCACGCUGGGCGAUUUCGGCUGGGGCACACCAACCUUCCACAAAAUGGGCCGUGAGAAGAUCAAUCUCAUCUACUCCUUCACCAAGAUGGGCUACGAUGUGCUGAUAUCAGAUGUGGACACAGUGUGGCUGCGCAACCCGCUGCCCUACAUUAAUGCGUAUCGGGAUGCCGACAUCCUCACAUCUAGCGACCAUCUGCGGAACACUGUGCAAGACGAGGGGCUUGAGAAGUGGCCAGAAGCUGCAUCUGCGGCUAACAUUGGCAUCAUGCUGUUCAGACCGCGUGCACACGACCUGGCAGCGGAAUGGGUGGACAUUCUUGAGAAUGAUGCCAAUGUGUGGGACCAGAAUGCAUUCAAUGACCUGUUCCGCCGUGGCUCCAAGCCUCUACCUGACCGCACGGAUCGCUUGUUUGAGUGCUACAAUGGCAAGCUCAAGUGUGGCAUCCUUCCCGUCUCCAUCUUCUGUAGCGGCCACACUGGCUUCACACAGCGCAUGCCCGACAAGCUCGGAUUGCAACCCUAUGUGGUGCAUGCCACAUUCCAGUAUAGCGGCACACCGGGCAAGCGACAUCGCAUGCGCGAGCGUCUUUGGUGGAAUGACCCCGGCGAGUACUUCUCCCACCCAAAGGGCUUUAUUGCUUAUGAUGGCACUGUACCGCCGAUGCUGCUGGAAGCUGCCCAAAAAGUCCAGCGGGAUUUUUCGCUGCAGGCAACGAUGCCACACUUCAAUCUGGUCAACCACCAGAUCAAGCAAAUGCGUGCUGCCUUUGCACUGGCACAGGCACGCAUCAUGUAUAUCACGGGCCGGGCUGUGAUCCUGCCCAAACUGAUGUGUGGCAUGGACCGGUGGUGGGCGCCACAUGAUGGCACGAUCCCGGGUUCUGGACUGGACCUGCCCUACAUUUGCCCAGCAGACCAUGUGCUCGACCUUGAAGCAAUGUCCAACACAAUGCCAGAGAACGAGUUUGGCCCCAACAUCGAGUUUCGCGAGUACAGCUUCCUGCAAAACCAGCACGCUGCAGCGCUCAAUGCGUCAGUGCUGACCCUGGACAUCUGCCAGGAUGCGUCAACAUGUGCUGAUGGCGCCGACAAGCUCAAGCCGCAGCUCCAUGAGGAGGCGCUCAAGGCUGCUCUAACAGAGGGCAAGGUGGCAGAAGCCAAGGUGUUGCACUUUGUGGGGGGUAUUGAGCGGCUAUUUGGCGGCUGGACAGACGAGGCAGCUGGGGAGCGGUUCAAGCGGCGGCUGGACCGCUAUGGCUCCAUCUGGUGCUGCGUGAACGCGCAUCCUGGCCACAUCUGGUAUGAUUUCUUCUUUGACCAGCUGCCCCACCAGGACCGGCACGGGCGCACGGUGGAGAAGACCUGGGAGCCGGUGACAGGGCCGUAGGGAUUUCUUUGGUGGGCGCUCCCAACUGUGGAACUGCAGCAUGGACCAGCGACGAUCAUCAGAUGCUGCACUCAGCUGCCCGCGCGAGGUUUUCCCAGCCCCACCUGCAUCGUAGCUGUUACUUAAUUGUUACUUGUUACACGAUUCUUCUGCUUGCACAGAACAGAGCUGAAUGGUGCAAACACCGAAACGGC